GGUGGCACUGGCGGUACUGGCGGUACUGGCGGUGCUGGUGGUGCUGGCAGCGGCCGCAGCGGACGGGCGGCGGCGCAGAGUCGGCAGACCGGAAGCGGGCAGAGCAGAGGGAGCAAGCCGACGAGUGGAGGUGAGGGCGAAGCUGGAAGUACAAGUGGUGGCGGAGGAGGAAGCGGCAAUGCCGCCGGUGACGGCAGAGGCGAUGACGACGCGACGCCGCAUCCGCGUCUGACGCUCGGAAUCAUGGUCCUCUCUGUCCUGAUGAUGGUUCUCGGCGCAGCAGGGGCAAUUGUGGGUACAGCACUGGUGUACCGGUCGCCGGACAUUGGGCAAGGCCUGACAAACGUGCCUCUGCCUGUGGCGGUCCUUGUCUUUGGGGUGAUCAUGUUCUUCCUCUCAUUCCUCGGGACGUGGAGCAGCAUGCACCACCGUAAGCGUGAGUUUGCGGUCUUUCUCCUCCUCACGGCGCUCACCUUUGCAGCCGUGGUCUCUGUCACCAUUACUGCCAAGUGGUACCAGGAUCGGCUGCGGGACAAGCUGCAGGCCGGGUGGCACAAGUCGUCGGACGGGACCCGGUCCAACUUGCAGAACAUCCACAACUGCUGCGGCUUCCUCACCAACCAGGACUACCCGGGCUCAUCGUGCGGGCCGGCGCAGAACAUCAAUCCGGCCAUCCCUCCCUGCGUCGAGUACAUUGUCGACCGCGCCCGUGACAAGAUGUCGCUCUUUAUCAUCACUGGUGUCGUCGUCUCGUCGUUUCUGGGCGUCGUCCUCGGCACCGCCAUCCCCUUCUUCAACAUCCUCAACUCUUCCAAGGUGUACAAGCCGAGCGCGGGCGCUGCUGCCCAGGCCCAGGCCCGGGGGUAAGCGCCAGGCCGCUGACCAUAAAGUACCCACAUCGAGGUC